CGCUGAGGACACACCACUGUCUUCAGACACCCAAGUAAGUUUGACCAAACCCUUUUUGUCGCUCAAAUGGUGAACAGAAGAAACGUGUCGUGGUACGACUCACGUCUACGCCCAGGAGAAAUGGAUUAUGAGUCAGAGAUGGACUUUGUUUCUGACUGUGGGGAUGAAAACUCAGAACUUCUCUCAGAAACUGAAGAGAUGGAAAAUGAUAUGUUUGAUGAAACAGAACAUACAUUUGAUACUGAGACAGAGUCUCUUCACUAUGAGACUAAAUUACCUGCUGAACUGGAGUUCUCUGGAUCUGAGACGGUCGACUCUGAUUCUGAGACGAUGGUCCCUAGACCUCAGACGGUUCAGCGGGAAUUAGCUGGUUUUAAACGCCCAAGAAAGCCACAACAACCCCUUACUUUCGCUGAAAUGAUGAACAGCACAGACAUCUCCUGGUACGACUUCUGUGUCAACCCUGUAAACAUGGAUUAUGAUUUAGUCAUCGACUUCGGUGAGGACGAAAAGUCAGAUCUACAGUUUAAAACUAAAGAGAUGAAGUCUCAGAUGACAGAACAAAUGUCUGUCUUUGAUGCUGAGAAAGAGUCUCUUCAGUAUGAGACUAAAUUACCUGCUGAACUGGAGUUCUCUGGAUCUGAGACGUUUGUCCCUAGACCUCAGUCCGUUCAGCAGGAAUUAGCUGAUUUUAAACACCAAAUUGAGGCAGAACAAACCCUUACUUUGGCUGAAAUGACGAACAGCACAAACAUGUCCUGGUACGACUUAUGUGUCAACAACGUAGAAGUGGAUUAUGAUUUAGUCAUUGACUUUAGUUCUGAUGGUGAGGACGAAAAGUCAGAUCUACUGUCUACAACUAAAGAGAUGGAGUCUCAGAUGGCAGAACAAACAUCGGUCUUUGGUGCAGAGAAAGAGUCGCUUCCUAAUGAGACUCAUUCAUCUGCUGAACUGGAGUUCUCUGGAUCUGAGACGGUUGUCCCUACACCUCAGACGGUUCAGCAGGAAUUAGCUGAUUUUAAAAGCAGGCAAAUCGAUGAACUUUUGAAACAAGUGGAUCAUUUGAAAGAAAAACUGCAGAAUACAAAUACUUGUUUCAAUCAGGAGAAGGAGAAGAGGCUUGCUGCAGAGAACCAGUGUGAAAAACUCGAGGAACGACAUUUGGACUUAGAAGCGAUGUUUAGCAGAGAAAAAGAUGAGAAAAUCAGCGUAGAACGGACGUUGACUGACAAGCUGGAGAAUUUAAAGGAGCAGCUUUCAGAAAAGAACGUUUUCAUCAAAAAUCUGCAAACAGAUUUAGAUCAAGAACGUCGGUUCAGACUCGUUAGUGUCCAGGAGCAGAAGAACGCCCAGCAUAAAGUCACCGUCAACGAGAACUUUAAGAAGGAGAUCAAAGAUCUUAAGAAAAGGACCGGUGACCUCUCUGAGUUGCUGAACAACAUUAAAACGGAUAUGAAUUACAGAGAGAGGAAACUUCUGGAAGAAAGAAGUGAUUUUAAACAUCAGCUCACACAGAAGGAUCUAAUCUGUGAAAGUUUAGAGAAACGUUUGAACAAAGAAAACGAGCUCCGCCUGACCUGUGAGGAAGAACUCAAAAAAACUAAAGAUCAAAUGAGUUCAAUGAACGGAAAUCUCAAGAAGGAGAUCAACGAUCUGACUCAGAGCAACUCAGAACUCAGAGAGAUCGUGGAAAACCUGACCGCUGAGAACGCCGCUACUCACAAGGAGUUGGCUGAGCAGCAGGAGAGCUUCAAACAUCAACUGCAGGACAAAUCUGUCGUCUGUGACCUUCUGAAACAAGUGGAUCAUCUGAAAGAAAAAGUGCAGAACAGAAAUACUUGUUUCAAUCAGGAGAAGGAGAAGAGGCUUGCUGCAGAGAACCAGUGUGCGCUUUACAAGGAGCAAACUAAAGAGAUGGAGAACGUUUUGGUUGAGCAGCAACAAAAGCUGGUGGCUUUAGAAAAGCAGUUACAGGAGCAGAAAAACGUGAAUGAAGACUUACAAAAAAUCUGCUCAGAUCUAAAAGGUGAGACAGACGAGUCCCGUUUUUCUGGAGUCUCGAGAGACGUUCUGAUCGAGAACUUUGAAAAACUGGAGCAACGACAUUUGGACUUAGAAGCGAUGUUUAGCAGAGAAAAAGAUGAGAAAAUCAGCGUAGAACGGAAGUUGACCGACAAGCUGGAGAAUUUGAAGGAGCAGCUUUCAGAAAAGAACGUUUUCAUCGAAAAUCUGCAAACAGAUUUAGAUCAAGAACGUCGGUUCAGACUCGUUAGUGUCCAGGAGCAGAAGAACGCCCAGCAUAAAGUCACCGUCAAUGAGAACUUUAAGAAGGAGAUCAAAGAUCUUAAGAAAAGGAACGGUGACCUCUCUGAGAUGCUGGACAACGUUAAAACGGAUCUGAAGAACAGAGACAGGAAACUUCUGGAAACGCAAAAUAAUUUCAAGCAUCAGCUCAAACAGAAGAAUCUGAUCUGUGAAAGUUUAGAGAAACGUUUGAACAAAGAAAACGAGCUCCGCCUGACCUGUGAGGAAGAACUCAAAAAAACUAAAGAUCAAAUGAGUUCAAUGAACGGAAAUCUCAAGAAGGAGAUCAACGAUCUGAAAAGGAGGAACACAGAUCUCAGUCAGAUGCUGAGAAGUGUUCAGGCUGUAGAAACUAAAUCAGACCAGAUGUGUGAGGAUCUGCAGAAGUUUAAGCAGCUGCUCCAUGAAAAAAUGUCCGUCUGUGAAGAACUUAGCAGCAGUCUGGACGUGGAGAAGCAGCUCAGAGUUAGCUACGAGGCUCAGCUGGACUCUAACAGGGCGAUAGUCAGUGAGAACUCAGAUCUUAAAGAGCUGAUCAAAGAUCUGACUCAGAGCAACUCAGAACUCAGAGUGGUCGUGGAGAACCUGACCGCUGAGAAUGCUGCUUCUCACAAGGAGUUGGCUGAGCAGCUGGAGAGCGUCAAACAUCAACUCCAGGAUAAAUCUGUCGUCUGUGAAAACCUGGAAACAGGUUUCACCAACGAACAGAAGCUCAGACUCCAGCUGUACCAGCAACUCCAGGAAACAUCUGGCCUGUGUGAGAGCCUGGAAAACCAGCUUAGAGACGAGCAGAAGAUCAGACUUGGUUUGGAGACUGAGCUCGCCCAAAACAGAGACGUGGUCAGUGCAGGUCACGAUGAUCUGAUGACCAAACUAGAACAGAUGGAGGAAAAAGAAACAAAACUCCGUAAAGUCGUCCUUGACCUCCAGUUAAAUCUGUUUAGAAGCAAAAAGCAGCACGAGGAAGAGUUGGGAAUCCUGAAGGAACAAGUCUCUGAACUCGAGUCACUGACUACAAAUCUGGAAAGUCAAAAUCUGAUCUUGAGACUGAAGACUGAACGUUUGAACCCAGAUCAGCAAACCGAAACGAUCAGUGAGCAGAACGUGGACGCUGCAGAAGGAAACGAGAGUCUUCCUGCUGAAAACGACUCUUUAACAGAAAGCCUCGAGUCCCAGAGAGACGCUCCGCACUCAGACACAAAAAAACAGGAAAAAGUUCGUGUGUGGAGGCAUUUCAAGAAAUUUGUAACCCCGGGAUGUCUCCGUCAGCACAAAAACAAACAACCUAGCAACGAACCUCCCUGCUAACAAAUCAGAAAAGGCUAAUUAGAAGACAUCCCAUCUCCUGGUGGCAGCGGGUAGCACUGUCCAGGAUGAAUGUGAGAAGUUAAGCCAGCCACUGCCUCCCCGAAGACCCUGAUGUUCUCAUUAUGAUUUUCUGUUUCAGAGAUGGGUGAACUUUCAAACAUGUAAUCCCCCGACACACAAAAAACAAAAACAAAAUAUAAAAAGCAAAUAAAUAAAUAAAUCAUAAACUAAAAUAAAAUAAAAGCAAAAAAAAAAAAAAAAACUCUCUAACUCUGCCACUGCCGGUCCCAAGCCCGGAUAAAAAAGAGGAGGGGAGAGUUUGACUUUCUAACUAUGUGACAAAAAACAGAUGAAAAUAAAUAAAUAUGUUUACAAGAGGGAAAAGGGGGGUCACCAACAUCAAUCAUUAUGGUUCAUUCUGUGAGAGUCAUGAAUGUGCACCCUAAAUUAGUAAAGAUCUGGAUGAAAGAUUUGUAAGAUACACUAACUCUAAAGUUUGACCUGACGGUGGCGCUGCAGGAAAGGUCAUAUCAUCACCAAAACCCAUUAAGGUUCAUAAUCUUGUGAUCAUUAAUGUCGUUA